AUGACGAAUAAUAUUGGAAUUAUUUCAAGUGCCACAUUAUCCUUAAUAGGAUAGAUGAUAAUUGUAGUGCUUUUUUUUUAUUUCACAAAACUUCGAAAUGGUCUAAUUCCAAGAAUAAUUCUUUAUCUCACAAUAGGUGGAAUCAUAUAGGUACUUGAGCUAAUAUUAAUUUAUUGAAUAGACUAUAGGUAUUCUGGGGUCAAGUUUUGAUGAAUUAAAUUGUACUUUAUUUGGAUUGUUUAGACUUUAUGGAGGAUUAAGUUCAAUAAUUUGGAGUUCAAUAUUGAUAUAUUCGAUAAAAUAAGUAUUUGAUUCAUCAAUGACAUAGUUGUUUAUGGUUUUUAAUAAUUAGAAUUCAUCAGAAUUUAUGGACAUUAGAGAGAUUCUUAAAAAGUUAGUGAAAUUAGAGAGUAAAUUUUGUUUAUAUUCUUUUGGACUUCCUUUAAUUCUAAUAACUUAUCCAUUAAUAACAGCAUUAUUAUAUUAAUAAAAGAAUUCAUAACUUUGUUUAUUUUACAAUAUUUAGACAGAUCCAUUACUUUAAAAGAUGUAAUUAAAUAUUUAAAAGUUGAUACUUUGGAUAAUUCCAAUAAGUUUAUACUUAAUAUAUAGUUUGAGUAUAUUAAACAGAAUAAAACAUGUAUUGAAGGAUAAUGAAGAGAACUAGGAAAUUUAUAUAGAAGUAAGAAAGUUGAUAAAAUAAAUUCUUUUAUUUCCGAUGAUAACAUUUAUUUGUACUCUUAGUUUCACAGUAGAAGAUAUUUAAAGUUUAUUUGUUUCUUAAAUUGGAUUGACAUAAACAUCGAUAUCAUUAGCAUUCUUGAGUUUUUGGGGAUUUUUAAAUUGUUUAGCAUAUUUAAGUUAAGAUUCUGUAAGAUUGGAAAUAAGAAGUAGGAAAAUGUCAGAGGAAUAAUAAGUACAUAUAUUAUACAUUUAGGAUAUGUGAAGUAAUGAUCUCAGAUGAUAGAACAAGAAGAUUAAGCAUAAGUUAAGAAUGCUACUUUUAUAAUGUUUAAAUGGC